GGAGGAGAGGGGCCGGCGGAAGAGCGGAGCGACCGCGGGAGGAGCGCGGCGGGGAGCGGAGCGGAGCGCGGCGGCUGCCGCUGCCUGGAUGCCAGCGGCGCCUCGGGUGUUGGCGGCCGGCGGCACCCGGGAGGCCCCGGGGGAGGAGGAGGAGGAGGAGGCGGCGGCGGCGGAGGAGGAUUCCGGGCACGGAGGGGAGGAAGCAGACAGCGCUGGCCAUGGCCUCCAACUUUAACGAUAUAGUCAAGCAGGGCUACGUGAAAAUCCGCAGCAGGAAGCUGGGGAUUUUCAGGCGUUAUUGGUUGGUUUUCAAGAAAGCUUCCAGUAAAGGACCUAGGAGACUAGAAAAAUUUCCAGAUGAGAAGGCAGCAUAUUUCAGGAACUUUCACAAGGUAACUGAGCUGCACAAUAUCAAAAACAUAACUAGAUUGCCUCGAGAGACAAAGAAGCAUGCAGUGGCAAUUAUCUUUCAUGAUGAGACGUCAAAGACAUUUGCGUGUGAGUCAGAACUAGAGGCAGAGGAAUGGUGCAAACAUCUUUGUAUGGAAUGUCUAGGAACCAGGCUCAAUGAUAUAAGCCUUGGGGAACCAGAUUUGCUUGCUGCUGGAGUCCAGAGAGAACAAAAUGAACGAUUCAAUGUCUAUCUUAUGCCUACACCAAAUUUAGAUAUCUAUGGGGAAUGUACAAUGCAGAUCACACAUGAAAACAUCUAUCUCUGGGAUAUCCACAAUGCCAAGGUCAAGCUGGUCAUGUGGCCUCUCAGCUCUUUGAGGAGAUAUGGGCGUGACUCCACAUGGUUCACAUUUGAGUCUGGAAGGAUGUGUGACACAGGAGAAGGACUGUUCACCUUUCAGACACGAGAAGGAGAAAUGAUAUAUCAGAAAGUCCAUUCUGCAACACUGGCAAUAGCAGAACAACAUGAAAGAUUAAUGAUGGAGAUGGAGCAGAAGGCAAGGCUCCAGACCAGUCUGUCUGAACCAAUGACAUUGUCCAAGUCGAUCUCACUUCCUCGUAGUGCAUACUGGCAUCAUAUCACCCGGCAGAACAGCGUUGGAGAAAUCUACAGUUUACAAGGUCACAGCCUCGGCUCAGCGAAGGUGUCCCGGGCUCAGACGUUUCCCAGCUACCCCUCGGAGCAGGGCGAGGAGCACCAGCAGUCCCUCUCACUGGCCAGCAGCUACUCCUUCAGCUACGGCUCAGGCCUGGUUCAAUGACGGCCGCGGGCAGCCAGCCGAGAGAGACAGUUGAGCCUGGAGCCUGGCACCAGGGCCGGGGAACCACUGCCCCCCCCCCGCACCCACCAUUUGCCGUGAAAACUGAUGCCUACAAGCUCCAGCCAGGUCGCCGCCAGUGCGGAAACCUGGAGAGGCGACUUCCCCGAAGCAGAGGCUAAGUCUUUAUUUAUUUAUUUUGCCGUUCCUUUUGUCGAUACAUUAGGAAAGGAAGGGGGGUGGGGGGGAGGGGGCACGUUCGUGUUGUGAGAAAGUGAUGGAAACAAAUGAAACUGUGUUGGUGUGAAGGUUUCUACAUGACCGGAGAAGGCCUGUUCUGGGGCUCCAUCGCAAUGGCACAUUGGACAUCGGGGCCUUUCUAACCCCCUCCACCAGCAGGCUGGCCCGUCUUCACCCGUAACAUUUUUAGAUCCCUGCCACAGCCCACUGAUUCCCACCAGAGUCGCUGAAAUGUCGCCCACUCAAGACACAGCAUCAGUGGUGCAGGGGUCACCUUCGGAUCCAAGCAAGUUUGCUCAUUACCCAAGAGGGUGGCUGGGUGUUUUCUGAGCCAGACACCAAUGGAUACUGGAGUAGCAGGCUAAUGCAGUUUGUUGGGAAUAGAGUUUGAUGCAUUAAGGUAAGGUUAUUGCCUAGUACAGCUCUAAUCUUAAAUUCCCAGGGCACAAAUUCAUCCCUUACUAAUACACACGUAAUUCUCAUGACAUCCCUGAGAGCUGUGAACGUCCAUAGCAGCAGCACAGUCUCAUCCUCGGAAAUGCUGCAAAGUCUUCUUAUUUGCAAAUUAUUUGGGUAACCAUGCCUGCAAACCUUACUUUAUAAUGUGGGAAAAUUGUACUUCAGACAAAUAAAAACGGGCCAUGUCCCUGACUGGUGACCGCCUGUGCCACGGCUGGGCCAGAUACAGUAGAGCUGAUCUCUGGUCUUGUCUUUCUGGUCAGCAUUACUUUGAUUUUCUCCAUUUCCUUCUCAGAUUUCUGGUUUAGAUGCACAUUGUAUCUUGUACAUGUGUCAAGCAUCAAUUUACUUUGAAAAGGAGGAUGAGUACCUCUCAAUGGAAAUUUUUUGUCUUUAGAAGACGUCUUUGAAAAAUGAACUGUAGUAGGUGUGUUUGUAAUCAGUAAUGAGGGAAUAAGUUGGAAGGCAUACCUGUAGUUGGGGAACAAGUUUUAUCUAUCCUGAACGUUUAGAUUUUUAUAAGUGGUAUCAAAUAUUUAUGUACUCCUCACAAUGCCCUGAAAUUUUUGAAAUUGUUGGGAGAAAACUUUGCCCUCUUGAUAUGAUCUGAGUAGUCUUGUGUUCUGUUCCCAGUGUGAAACGAUUGCCAUGAUUAUCAGAGGGAUUCGACUCAUUAGUUGUUUCUCAGGACAGGUUGAGGAAGCAUAUCAAGGAGGACACUUUACCAAUGAAACAAUCAGUUUUAUGUACCAUAAUUUAACUGGAAAAGUUCUGUUGGGUUGUUUUAAAUAUGCACAUAUAUAUAUAUAUGUAUUAAAAAGUACGGAAGAAACGUCUGCUUUUGAUUAAACAUUUACUGAUACAGUAUGUCCAGCUUUCCUCCAACCAUUUGCCAGGCUAAGAGACCUUGCAAACUUACAGCUUUCUACACCUCAGUGAACAGCUGCUGAAUAAAAAACCUUCAUGAUCUGCUUGAAUGAAAUUCUUCUACCCCACCACAAUAAGCUUUAUUUAUUUUCCCUCUUUUUCCCUGUCUCAUUCACUACCUCUUUUCCUUCUCACAGUGCUGCCAUACUCAGGAAUAGAACGGCUCCCUACAGAGAGUAUUUUGAUGAGCUAAAAUGAAAAAUUGCUCUCCCACACUGUCAGGGAGCUGUACCUAUGGUGCUCUCUGAGCUGUACCCAUCAAGGAAGCUUCAUCCACACUUCCAUUUAAGAAAAAAUUUCUUUGGCAUUUUGCUUUGGGAAAAUUUCCAGUUUGUAAAUUUUACAUGCAAAAUGUGAUACAAAUGGAUGGAUACUUUUCUGGUGUAAUUCCAUUAUUCAAUGCAAUUUUGCCAAGUAUACACCUUUUGAGGAACGGGCCAGUUAUUUUUAUUCCUAUGCAACUGCGAUUCUUUCACGUGCCCUAAAAUUAUGUAUUUGCUUUAAAAUUCCUUAGAUUAAGUUUCCAGUAUGUUCUGCAGAUUUCUAUGCUGUGUCCAUGUAACUGUUUUCCUCUAUGACUUGAAUAUUAGUCAUUUAAUACUCACAUAUUGUACACAGUCCAAAAAUGGGAAAAAGGUAUAACGGGAGAGUAUCAAAACUGCUUUAUAGUUCCAUCACCCAUAUACUUUAAGAACCUAUCCCUAAAGCUAGUGCUUUAGCUGUGUUUAGAUAAAAAGCUUAAGUUCCUAUUAGUGUGCUCUUUCCAUUCCCUGGGGGAUGGUUCCUGUCACAGAUAGUUUUGUCCUCUUAUGCAGUGCAUGAAUAUUGUCUAGUCAAUGAAAAUGUAAAUGCUAUUUCCAAACAAAGCACACAAAAAGAAAAAAAAAAAAAAAAAAAAAGGAGGGGGGCAUGACACAUGUAUAGAAGUUUGGCCAUGUAUAGAAGUUUCACUGAAUAUGUUGGUUUCAUUACAUAAUGCAAAUAUUCUCUCAACUCAUACAGUUAUAAACAUUUGUGAAGUUCCCAUCUUGUACCAAUAGGCAGAAAACUCAACUCCAGGAAAAAGCUGGAGAACGCAACCAACGAAAAGCAAACCUGAUCUAUUGUCAUACCUACCAAAGUAUGACACAUGCUCACUGUGCUGACCUACUGGUAACCUGUUCCUUGUAGAGAGUAAACACAACCACGCUGGAAGUUGAAAAUAAUGUUGCAACUUUACAGUGUGUACACUGUAACAUAAUCUAAGAAAACUGGGCCCCCAAAGCACAAAGGUAUUCACCAACCAGUCGAUGUUGCCAUUAUUAGUGCUGCUCCAGAACAAGAGGUGAUAUCACUUAACAUUUGUGAAUUCGCAUAGCUGCCAGAAAUGUUCCUCAGAAAAUCUCCAUGAGAACCAGGCAGGCACCACACCCACAGUUUGCCAGAAAAUUCUGUUUUCACGGAAUUGCUUUAGUGCCUGGCAUACGCCUGUCGAUACCCUAAGUGAUUGCCCGCUGGGACUACUUUGUACAGCUCCUAGUGCUUCUGCCAGAAGGAAAAACUGUCUUUUGGCACACGUGGUAGAGCUGCCUGCCUAGAGACUACAAGAGCCUUUAAAUAGGCUCAGGGACCCCAUGGGUCCCUGUUCAAGUCUUGGCUUUCUUCGUGUGCCAGGCACACAGAUAAUACAUCUACUGCUGACCCAAGAGGAGCUCUCUGUUUUCAGCUAAAGAGCUGUGAAUAGAUGGAGGGCAACAAAAUGUCUUCAGUGGUAACCAAGUGCAAAUGGUACAAAUGGAACUUAGCAUUAGUACAUUGUAAAAUAGAAGAAAUAAUAUAAGGCUAUCACUUUAAUUUUAGUUCUGAGGAUGUGUUAUGAAUAUUUAACUGUAAACAUGAUUUAAUUUUUUUAAAAAUAACCCUUGAUAACAAUAUAUUCACCCCUAUGAACAAAUAACACGCAGCAUUACAAAAUAUAGUUCCUAAUAUAUCUUAACUGUGAAUUUUAUAGAUUAAUGCAUGCUGGCACUUUUGAUUUUGAAGUCAUUUGGUGCAGAAAAGGAGAAAUAGGAGGAGAUGGUAAUAAAUCAUCAAAUGGUGCCAAGGUAUUUGAGUAGCCCCAUUUUUUAAACAGCUGCAUGUUAUUACUGAUAGUUUAAAUCAUCUGUGAGUAUACUCCUUUGAAACAAUUUUACAUGUCUAUGUAAAGGAAAAAGGAAGAAGUUAUAUUGUGACAUGGUUUGCUGUUUUACUGAGUAAAUGUUUAGGCUUUACUUUCUGUGGUAGGCUCUGAUUCCAGCUCCUCACAUGUAUCAAGCCCAUGCAAAAUUCUGGUUUUGUGUUUUUUUCAUUGUUUUGUGUUUUUUUUUUUUUCCCCGCCCCUAAAGCUAGCAACUAAAUCUCUGAAAUGUACUGACAAACCAAAGGGCUUUAUUAGACAGCAACAGUAGCUGCUCUCAUUUGUUUUGACAAAAGUCUGCCAUGACAUUUUGGGAAAAUACUUCAUUUCACAACACGUGAAUAGAAAUCCUGUUGGGAAAUAGCAAACACAUUUCUAAUCAAGUCUUCUUCUUUUAAACUAAUAAGACUUUGCUGAAAUUGAAUAUCUGGGGUGAAAAGUCUCCAAGUGUUCUCUAUAGCAAUAAAUUAAGGUCAACGUACAGUCUUCAAGCACCCAUUUAUUUAGGAGUUGUGAAGUGCAGGCAGUCUGUGAAGACCCAUACCUGUUCAUGGCAAAGAGAAAAAAAGAGCAUUAGUCAGAUCUCUGUAUUGCAUUUAUCAGAAAAGGAAUGAACUUCAUGUUGUUCAUCUCUCCAGUCUAAUAGGCAAUAUUAAGGGAAGUAGGGAUUUCUGAGAUAUUUGAUCUCUAAUAGCUGACAAAGACCAUCAGCCUGUAGCAUAUAAACCUCUAAUCAGAUUUAGCUCACCAGCCACAUUUACUAGUUUUCAUCUGGUAACCUAGAAACUGCAGGGUGGUUUUCCAUGAGAAAAUAAAAGUCUCUUGAACGGCUGUGUUUCUUAGCAUGAAAUACAGAAUUAUUUACAAUUGUUUCUUCCUAAAAAGGAAGGAGGAAGGUGUUCCAAUUAAUCUCUCUUAUAUUGUUUAGUAUCUGUGUAUGUUAGCUCCUUUUUAUACCUGCUGCAAAGGAAUAAAUGUGGCUUUUAACCAUAUACAGGAUAGAGUAGGCUGUGGGGAAGUGUGAAAAGCUGCUGUUUGAUUACAAGAACAGGUCCAAUGGGAAAGUUUCAUUUGUCUGUACAUCAUCCAGAUACUUGUGGCUCUUUCCAAACCAACUUGUUACACAACGUAUAUAUAUUAGAAUCUUGUAUUUUUCACCACAAACAACUGGUUGGGGUGCCUGCCUAUACUUGUAAGUAGAAGAUAAUGACUGUGCAACUCCAUUGUAGUAGCAUAACUUUAAAAUCAAAGAGUAUAAGGUUGGGUAUAAUAAUUCUGCAGAUAUAAAGUCUUGCACUUCAUAAAGGGUGCUAUGUUUGUUCUGAAUAUUAUAAAUAAAUGCUCUUUGGAUUUUAGAUAAAAAGGUGUGUUAUAUUGGAAACAAGUACAAGCAUAUGGUGGAAUGAAAGAAAAGUUGAUUAACCUGUUGUAACCAGCAGUUUGUCGCUCUGUCCAGGCCCUUACAAGACAGUAAAAGGUGAUAGGUGAAAGUGCUGUGUAUUCAGCAAUUAUUUAUAUGGAAUUAUGCUUAGAAACCUAAAUAUUAGAAUCCACAGAUGAACAGGUUUUAUUGAAGAAAAUGGAAGUUUCACUUUGCAAAGAUGCUUUUUGCACCUUUGCAUGCACAUGAAACUUGACAGAUUUUUAUGGACAUGGAUAAAACAGAUAUGAAAGCAACUCUGCUUUAAGUAUGAUUAAAUAUAAUUAAAGCAUUUUAAAAUGUCCACGUUGUUAUGAAUAUUGCAAGUUGUAAUGUAGAAAAUAUUUCCUUUUUAACUAAAUGCAAGCUCAGAACCUAAUAUGCUCUCUAAGAUUAAGUUAAUCUUUUUAAAUCUCACACUGAAAGUCUCAAAUAAUUUAUUUCAUUGCUGUUUUUUUUUUUUUCUUUCAGUACAGAAAUCCUCAUGAGGUUAAUUAGAUUUACCACUUUCUCUUACAAUCCUGGGAUUGUCAUGUGAAUGGAUAGAUUUUACAGUAGAUUUUUUCCUGUGACAAUAUUUGACAUGAAUGAAGUUUACCCUUGUUUUUAAUAUAGGCUACACAUUGUUUUCAAUCUUUUUUUUUAAUUUGUAUGAUAACAAGCCUGCAAUGGGCAUAGAAAAUAGCACAAAAUUAAUCAUCUGUCUUGGCAAUUCUAUACCAGUAAAAAAAAUAAAAGCUAUAGUUAAAGUUUGUGCUCAUUGCUGUUCCUAUAGCUAAAACAGAAUAAAUGAUGUAAAAUAAAGCAAUCCUUGUUGAUGUAAAUUAUUGCAUUUCCUGAGUUUCCAUAGAUGACAGGCUGUGACAGGAGAUAUACAGAACUGCUUUUUGUAAGUUGUACUGAUUUAAGAUGGUUACUAGGAAAAACAGACAAUGCAGAAAAAAAGUAUUAUGACUACCUACCAAAGUAUGACACAUGCACACCUUUUAUUUCUUUUUCCUUCUUUCAAAAAGAUCAUUAUAGAGAGAUAAGUUUUUGAAACCUAAUAAAAAUCAAAUGAAAAAUAAGGUGAGAAAUAAUAAUAAUAAAAGAAAAUCUGUAAACUUUAAAAAUAUUACGAGAAUUUAGCAGACAUUUAGACCCAUAGUAAUGGGUCAUGUUCAGUGCAAAACAGUUUCCCAGAGCAUUCAACUUCUGACUUUAUCAGGAGCUGGGAACUAUAUUUUGUGUUCAACCCAACUCACAGCUCUAAGUUGCUCUGUAACAAUGGACUCGAGAGUACUGGGCUCAUUUUCUUUAACUUGGCUGGAAGGACCAAGUACCAGUCCAGCUACCAUGCAUUACGCAAUAUAGAUGCUUAAGAAAAUAGCAUUCUGCACAAUGCAUCACAAUUGUUAUGACACAACUUUGUGCAACUUAGUGAAGCCAGAUAUUGCUAAAAAUAUGAUUUAGAAUAUUUCAGAGCUGAUCAAAUUCUGGGUAAUGAAAUCAAUGUCUGCAUUUAUGAUGCAUAAAAAUACAUACAUAUGUGCUCAGCUUUUAUGUGUCUAAUUACAUAAUGAUCUGACAGAAUUCUAUGGGAAAGUUAUUUCCAUACUACUGAUGUUGGGUAAAUUAUGGAAAGUUAAAAUAAUAAAUUACUGCUUCAGACAGUUUUUUUUGGAGAAAAAAAAAUAGUAUUAACAGACAAUAAUUUUAACACAUACACAUAUUCCUUACUUAUAUUUCUCUUUUCAAAUACACAUAUAGACAUUAGCACAAAUAGAGAAAGGUACUAGAAGAAAAAAAAAGGGAAAAAAAGGAAAGAUACUGUGUAUUCAUUUGUCCAUAUCUUAGUAUGAUAAACUAUUGAUCACCUGAAUCAUGUUAUAAAACUUACUGGUUAAUACUACAAAUGAAUUAUUUAGUGUAACAAUCUAAUUAAAUAAACUUUUAAGAAAGGCAUUAAAUAUCCUUUAGAAUCAGAGACACUUUUUUUCUGAAACUAUAGAAUUCUCUUUUUAAGUAAGCAUAAGGUUAGAAGAAAUAUGUCAGCCUCUGCUAGUAAUUCAUAUUAAUUAUUUUACCUAAUUAUACUAACCAACAAUGCCAAUAGUGUGGAAGUAAUAAACAUAUUAUUCUUUUAAAACUUGCCUUAGAUUACUUUGUACAUUUCCUUUGGUAUUUCUAGCUUGAACAUUCUGUUAAAAGUUAUAUGUAAGGAUAUAUAACUGCAAGAAUAUAACACAAAUAGUAAGUUAAAUCUACAGCUUUAUAAAUCAAGCCUAAUCGUGUUCAAGAAACUAGUCAGAGCAUUGACAUGGUGGCAGCCUUCUCCAGCAGUCUCUGAGCUCCCACAGGUGGGGCUAUCUCGAUAAUCCUGAGGCUCUCUUAUUUUAAAGGAAGUGUUGGCAAACUCAUCAUGUGUUUGUCCCAUGGUUAUCCAGAUUCUCAUCCUCUUUUCAUAACUCCUAAUGCAUUUUACUCUUAGAAAGGACAACAAAAAAACAUGUUAUGGGCAAAAGCAGAAACAAGGACACUUGCUGGAAGAGUGCCCUACAGGCCCUUCUUAGUCCUUAAAACAUGAAUUGUUUCUGUACAGGACCCCAGCUUCAGGGGAAAGGCUGGAAAGACAGGGGAGAGGGGGUGCGUGUCUGAUGCAGGACAGGGGAGAACUGGGCCCAGUUCUUCCAUUUCCUGGCUGAUUCAGCAGGUAAGAUGCUGGAUGAACUGGCUAUUGUAGCAGAAACAUCCAGCAUUUCAUGUGACGGUGAAAAGCCUAGUCCAGGCUAGAGUUUUGAAGACCACUGUGGGUUUCUAGCUUCAGGGUGAAAUCUUUCUCACUGGAUGUCAAAAGGACAGUGGCAACCCUGAGCCCACACAUACCCUGACACCACAUCCCCGCGAGGCAUGUCAAUGGAGGCACAUCUGGUGCUCUAGCCCAGAACAGUUUCUCAGGAAUGUGUGAGUGUUGGAAAUGUCUUUUGAGUCACCUUACUUGCACCUUAAAUAAUACAGUCUGAGAACUUGACGUAUAGUUUCUACUUCUGGGAUCCACAGCCUAAAAGAGCAUUUUAGCACCUAUCUUGUAGACAGACAGUGCUGGUUUUGGAACUAGACCUUAGUGUCAGAUUUAUAAAGCCAUUUAAGGGAUGAGCUCUUAUUGAGCAUCUAGGCUUUAAAGGAAGUAAGUCUCUCACUUGCACUGGGAAGCACUCACUGAGGCAGAGUUUCAGCUACUCUGAUAAAUGCCAUUGAUUUUAAUUUUUGCAUAGUUUAAUAGCAUAGAAGGUUUAGAAGAGAAAGGUGCAGAUAGGGUUUAAAAAUAAAUUUUAAAAAGUCAGAGCCCUGACUUCCAGAUGCCUUUAUGAUUAAAAAAAAUCACCAUCACUCCUUCAAAAAAAAACCAAAAAGCCAAACCAAACUAAAAAUUAACCAGAUAGUGAGAUCAGACCUCUGAAGUAAGGCUUCUUAUUUGGAUCUCUCAGGAGUAAGCUAGUGUCCAUCUGUCAUCAAACAAAUGCUGGUAGCACCUAUGCUUUAACUACAUCGGCUGCUUUGUUGCCUUGAUCCUCUCCUGUUCCCUAGUCCUGGGAUAAGACCUGGAUAAGAGGUAGGUGAAGUUGCACUGCACAAUUAGAACAAGCUAUUUCUGAUUGUUCUUGAAAAAAUUUAGGUGCCUGGCAGAAAAGAUGCUUGGGAAUUCAGGGCAGCUGGAGGUCAGAAAGAGGGUUAAGUGUUAGACUACCCUGCUUAAUAUGGGUGUUUGGAAGAGUCAAGCUUCUUGUGCUCCUUGGUAGGUGUUAUGGAGGCACACACAACUGAAUUUAGACAGGUGUUAAAUUUAACAAAACUUAUUUUUUAUCAAAAUAAUUUAGAACUCCAAUAACAUUAGCAAACCACAGGUUCAUGAUGUAAGAGGGGUUAUUUACUGCACAAUUACCUUAAGAAUUCUUAAGCUUUAGAAAGGAUGACUCAAGAUGAUCAAAUCACUCACCUAAAAGAUGUGGUCUCUCAACCUCGAGGAGUUGUGAUCCAAGAGGAGAAACCACGACUACAAACCCCACUGCUCUAAGGAGGACCGGCUCAAUUUUUCCUUCAAUAGGACUCCAUUUAUACCCUAGUCGAAUCUGAUCUGUGAUCAUAUAUGGUCAGCAGUCUAGAACUUCUCCCAACCAAGGUGUUUCAUUGGCUGAGGGCCUUGCCUGUCAACUGAAGAUUACUGCCUUUCAACCAAGGUGUGUAUGUGAUGGUCUCACCCACAGUCUCACCAACCAAAAUCUUUGGGUGACCACAGUCGCCACAUGGACUGGGCAGCUCACCCCCAAAACACAGCUUCUAGUUUUAACUCUUUCUUUUCAUCCGUCAAGAAGUUCCAGCCUUCAUCGGCGUGGGUGCAUCUACCACACAAUCUAUCCUGUGACCAGUCAUAAUUCAACUGGUCUCCUUGGAGUGGUGGUACAGUCACUUCUUGCCUCCAAAGUUAAAAGGGUGUGCAGUUACAGAAAGUUUUAAUGCUCACUGUGGAUCAUCAUUCUUUAAUUAUUUUCAGGCUAUUACAAAUUAUUAACAAUAAUCAAUAAUGAAAUAUCAACAAACAAUAUGACAGCAACCAACAGUAGAAACAAUCAGUCACAUAGCAACAAUCAAUAUAACAAUAAUCAUCAGCAGCAGCAAACAAAUAGGUAAAUACUAUCCUAAGGUUGCAUUUGGAUAUCUAAUACAUGAAGGGAUUUUAGGGGAGUAUGCUCUAUAGUUGACAUAGAUUCUGUUAUGGUGCUUAAUACAGCUUAUGAUAAUACAAAUCACAAUUAUCACCAUUAUUAAAAAUUGGAGGAAGGUAACUAGCCAUCUCAACAAGGAAAACUCAAACAUAUCAAAACCUUUCCCCAACCAAUUCCUAGUGCAGCAACAAUUGCCUCUGAGUACUUCACUAUUCUCUUCAUUUUGUUGAUCUGAUCCUGAACAUUGACAUGUUCAGAAUGUAGACACAACACUCAUCUGAUGAUAGAUUCAGGACUCCGACUCCACAUGCAACUUUCUCCUUCAAUAGUACCAGAUCAAAUACAGCUCAGUUUUGGAUAGUCAUUUUACUGGCACGUUGUAAUUGUUUGUUCAUGAGUCUUAGGCUGUCAGCCACGGCAUUAGCCAAGGCUGAUACCUGCAGACCAAAUUCCAGAAUAGCUUGUCGGUUUUGUACCAGAGCCGUUCCCAACCCAAAUACCAUUUCCAUCCACCAUCCAAUUCAUGCUGAGGUCUUCUGCCAUCCCUUCCAUAAGUCCCUUGGUCUAUGAUCCCACCACUGGUGUGGUAUGAGUCCUUCCCAACAAGUAGGACAGAGAGAAAGCACAGCCAAUAUACAGACUAGUCCUGGAAUAGCUGGAUGUAAUCAGGAAUAUAGGUGGCUAUCAGAACAUACCCACACUAAAUUAGGGGGUUCAGGGAGAGUGGAUGUUUGACAUAGACCUGCAAGGGUAGUAAGGGGAUAGCAGUAGUCUUUUUUACUACACUCUAGGGCAGAGGGCUGUAAGCAACUGGUAUUACUACAUAGGCCAUCCUGUAUUAAAGCUUCCUGAGCAGGAGGAUAUAGCCAUAGCAGUGGCAUUUUAUCUAUGUCCUUGCACCUGAUCUCCACCUGGCAGUUCCAGAGUGGAGAUUUCCCUACUGGGAAUACCUCAUCCUUUUUUCUGUCCCAGCUAGAUUCAUAGAUAUAUCUAGCCUAGAUGCAAUUAAGAGGACAGUCAAAUGAAUUUUGGCUACGUACACUAGGACAUUAAUUGUUGUUAUCCUUUUCAGAGUGUUUAAUACACCAUAAGACACUUAAUGUUUUUUUAUAUUGUAGGGAAUGAUCAUUAAUGCUCCAUAGAGGAUUACAUUCAGUAGUUCCCGACUGAAUUUUGGGACAUGUUAUAGUUCCAUUCCAGCUCCACCCUGUGGCUUCAUGAGUCGGUUGGUGAAUAUAAUCACAUCUGGCACCCCAUCCCAAACUAGCAUUUACCGUGCCUAGUGACCAACUGUAGACAAUAUAAAUAUAGUCUCUUCCCUCAAUAUCCCCAAAUCUCCAGGUAUAAUUAUGAUAUUGUUUCUAUGUGAACUUGAGUGCUAACAACAUAUUAAUGUCCUGCACAAAAAUUGGUAAAGGGUCUUCUGCUGGCUUGGGAGUAGGUACGUAAACUGUUACGAAGGUUAGAUUCAUCAUUUGAACAAAUCCCACCACCAUUUUUGUCACCACAUUGUCGUCCAAGUCUGCAUUGUCCAUGUUGGCUGCUAUCACCCUUGCCAGUAGGAGCAACAGGGUGGUCUUUUUCUCCAUUGUCCUGCAAGAAAACACAAAGGUGGGCCUUGGUCCUUUGAGGCUGAGUCUUGGUGUUAAAAAUUGGUAAUUAUCUACCAAACACUAAUACGGUGGGUUUUUCCACUCCCAUCUAGGGCUUCCCAGGCAUAUAGACCUCUGGGUUUUGCCAGGAUCAUGGGUACAAUGACAAUGGAGGACAGUUUCACCAUUAAAGGUUGGCCCACAUACAUUUUCAAUGGGAACUGGCCCUUUUGGUUAUCUGAUAUAGGGUUGUCACCUAUUAAAGGUCCCAUAAGACCAAAUGCAGUAGGUACCAUCAUCUGCCUGCCAGUAUAUUGAAUCUUAAUGUAUUUGCCUCAUAAGAGCUCAGAGCCACCUCCACAGCCAUCACACUCUUUUUCCCAGGUAACUAAAACUGAGUUCAAGAUAUGGGACACUUUUCUUCUGCACCCAUCACACCUAUUCUGUUUAUAGUUUUCCUCAAUGGUUUAAUUCCUAAUUCAUCAGCUUGUUGUUUGUUUAAUACUCUAAUUUGGGCUCUUGUAUAAAUUAAGAAUUCUAAAAUUAUUAGUUUCAGCCCCAUAGGGAUAUGUAUAUAGUGUUCCUUGUCAGCAGACCAUUGGCAGGAAUUUACCAUCUGGAGUGGGUGACCCAAACCCCAAAUGACAACUUCUAGUUUUUUAACUUUCAGUGCCCUUCACAGUGUUGCAAAAGAGUUAAACUUUUCUUCCUGAGGGAGUGCAGCUGUUGGCCUUUCUCUUUGGUCCUGAGUUUUACCCUCUAACUUUUCCACCAGCUUCUGAAUGCAAUCAGCUUGUUGCCCAUGUAGCAUUGCUCAGGGUGCCCCUAGUACUAACACUUUUCAUCAAAUGAUGUCCCUUCUCAGAUUGUGAGUUCGACCUAGCCUGCCUCGGGGGUUUCAGACUCCUGGCAAGGAUGCUGUUCAGUUUUUUUCAGUUGGCUUGCUUUUCUGUUACCAUCUGUGCUGCUGCCUGGAUCAGUCCACCGCAUCUCGCACCUGUAAGCAACUACAUGAUGUGACACUUCCACCCAGGUUAACACAUGUGGGCAGAUUCUGAGGGUCUUACUGAUUAUGUUUGAUGGCCUUCUGAACCCUUUCUCUGAGGGACUGGACAUGUAUCUUUACAGCAUCUUGUAUUCCUCUAAAGGGCUGUAAGGUAGCCUGGGUCCACCAGUGCAGCUAUUGGCAUCCCUUGCUGCCCCCCUUCAUACACCACCUGAACACAUGUAGCUUUUUGCACUCCCUCCAUUAGCUCUGACAACACCUUUACCCAAAUAGUAAUGGUGUCUCCUCUUUCCUUGGGGUCCACACCCCCAGCCCAAUAAGCUAUAGGAGAUGUUAUCGACUGAUUGCCUGCCAGCUCCUCACUCAGAAACACAACAGGUUCCCAGAAACCCCUCACUUUGUCAUUGCUUAAUAGUUUCUGAUCCCAACUCUAUCACAGAAACUUUCCACAAAUAUUCAGUUUCAGUUCCACUUGGCUUGUGCAAAAAGUUAGCUUGUAAUUCACCAAGCUCGGGUCUCAUCCAAGGAGUCAUACGGAUGAUGGUUUGCAGGUGCCUGCUUGCGGACCCAUGUUCCCUUCUGUUUUAAUAAAGCGCCGCAUGUUCUUUUCUCCUCCACUUGUUCCAAACCACUUUCAUCAGGGUCUCCCCAGAUGUCCCCAUCCUAGUCCUCAGGGUCUGUGUAUGCACUUGCCACCGUAGGUCCAACCAUUAAAGAAGGCUGUUUCCUCACAGAAACAUUGUUUUACCCCAAGAUGAACAGGUGAGGGAGAGUGAACAAGCAGAAUGAACAAUAUCAUGAACAUAUUAUGUAAUCAGAGAAACUCUUUAAGGUAACGGAACAUAUUUGAGAUAAAUAAAGAAAAUAACGAGAUAAUGUAUGUUGCUGUUUUAACUUUCACCUUAUUUCAUAGACUGUGAGUUUCAUAUUCACUUUGUUGAUCCAAACUCUUGUGACUGCCUCUCCUACACUCAGAAUUCCCAGCAAAGACUGAUUACAAAUAUUUUUUUUUUCUGAUUUAUUUUUUAAGAGAGAUGUGAAUUUAUAACAUUUAAAGACUUAGUAGUACUAUUAAUCAUGGAAUUUUCCUUUGUAUAUGGGACUUAAACAUCUACAUUUUUCACUGAGCACAAAAGAUUAAUUUUAUUAUUAUAGAAAAGAAAUCUGGUUUUACUUUUCUUAAAAUGCCAUGGACUAAUUUUUCCACCUAAAGUACACAGCAAUUCAAGACUCAGUUCUUUAAUUAUAACAUGCUUUAUCACAUUUAUUUUCUUUCAGUAAAGUUUCUAAGGCCUUAAAACAACAACAAAAGAAAGACAGAAUUAUCUUAUAGUCUAGACAGUAUGCUGAGCUGGUUGCUAUCCAUAGUUGUAUCAUGUUACUUCCUCGAUUGUUUUUUUUUCCUCCUUCUUAACUGUUUGGGCAAGUGGUACAGCAUGAAAUAGCACAGUAGUUGUCCAACAUAAAAUUUCCAAAUUACAGUUGAUGAAAUUUUCUCAAAAGGAACUAAAAAUUUUAAUGACAAAAAACAAAAAGAAAACAAAUCUAUGGAAAAUCCUGAAAAUAAACAGCAAUAAACAAUGAUUUGUACUAUUUUACACCAUGAAAGUCUAUUUACAUGAUCCAAAUUCUGUCACAGCAGACAGGCUCUUACUGGUUCCCAUCCUGCCAGAUCCAUAAAAUAUUUAAAUAGUUUUAAUAAUACAUUUCAAAUUACACUUCUGGAAAUUUCUCUAGUGUAUAGCUUACUGCUUUUUAAGCCAAUGAGAAUAUUGAUAAAUUUUGGACUGUUUUCUUUUUGGUUUUCACUUGUAUCAGUCUCAUGUUCAGCUGCUGUUCACUGAUACUGGUAUGGUACAAAAAUGAAGCUGUUGUUUUGGGUUUCUUUUUUAAAAAAAAUAGUAUAUUGUUCUUAUUAUGCUAUGUAAUGUGAUUUUCCCUGUGGACUAUCCUGGUAGAAGUAAUAUGUCUAUGGAAGUUGAAUUAAAACAGAUUACAUACCUGCAAAGUUGUGCAUUAUAGAUUGUUUUUUUCUUCAAAUCUCAAAAAUAAACAAUUACUUUGAAAAGACAAGAGAAAAGUACCAAGGGAAGCAAUGAAUAAAGUCGUUACCAGAAAUAAACAAAAUAAUCUGGUAUUCCAGGUACUUAACCUCAAUGUCUCUCACUUUUUUACCCUCAGUAAAGUAGGGAUGUAUUUUAACUGUCUCUACAAGCAGUGAAAGAAUACCAACUUCUCAGCUUAUGGAUAUUUCUGUAUCAGGGUUCCAGCUGAGAACUUCAGUGUUAUCAAAUUCAUUACAUUAUCAUUUUAGCAUGUUAAUAUAAAUGGGAUCAUCAAAGAAACAACCCAAUGUUACAGGGUUUUAUUUGUAAUGCUGUGCACAACUUAGAAUUAUCUGCUAUGGCAUUUGAUAACUCAGGAAAUAAACUAAUUUAUUAAUAGUACAGUUCUGUGCAUCAUUAACUUCACAUGCAAGUGUUUAUAUAUCUGAAAACCUUCAAUAAGUGAAAGAAAAAAUAUAUCCCUUGCAAUGUGUAUGUGUCCUUGUGCAAGAGUACACAAAACCAAAAUGACAUGUUUUCUAAUGGUAUAUGAUAUUGUAAACAAUUUAAGUCUUCAGUGACAAGUUGAAGGACACUUUGGUUUAGGAUUUUAGAUUUUUAGCUGAUGUGUAGGAUAACCAUACAAUGCUAUUAUUACUCAGAUAGUCCAGAGAAGCCUUGUGUCUACAUUAUUCUCCGAAGAACCUAGACUCCUACUAUCCUGUGCACGUGAAGAAAGCUUUUCACUGGAGAAGGCUACAAAAUGUGCUUUUCACUGUCAGGCUGUUGUUGCGCCUUCCUAGCCAGCCAAGUGGAACCAGUAACUGAUCUGUAGGCAGACUCAUGAUGACUCCCUCCCAACCCCAUUCCAAAAAAAAAAAAUAAAAAUAAAACCCAUAUUCAGCAAUUUAUUAAUGCUU